CCAACUUUCUCGCUCCAGCUCAGAGUAGAUCACGAUCUAUACAAGCAUUGAACAAUAACCCCAGGCGGGCGAAUGGACAAAGUGAAAGCUACUCACACGGGAACUCGCGGACAUGAACGUUAUUUCUUUAAUCCCGCAGACCCGGAGACGGUAUCCAGAGCUGUAUCGGAAUUUGUGGCGGACUCGGCUACUUUUAUAAGUGCAAUCGACUGGACAGAACCUUUCAUCGCCGUUCUCAUAUCGUUUCAUGUACUCCUGGCACUGUGGGUCGUCCUAACACGGAACAACCAGACGUUAACAGCCAGCAACUUUGUCGCUAUAGGCGUGUUAGCAUUAGCUGCACAGCCCCUCAACUAUCUGGCGUCACAGCAUUGGGCAACUUUCUCGCGAACAAACUAUUUUGAUGCACAAGGGGUGUUUAUGAGCAUCAUGUGGGCCGGCCCUUUGAUGAUCGAGUUGAUUUUUUGUGUGAUAAUGCUAGUCCGACAAGCUGGGGACAUGGUUGUCAAAGUUAAGCGGGAACAGCUCAAACGGAAGCCUACUGCGAAGUCGAAGGCAAGCAAGAAGGAUCAGUAGUGACUAUUAAGCUCCGUAUAUACUUGGUGUGCAGAUCUCUAAAUCGACCGGAAGGAAAGUACUCGUUGAAGAUACUGGCAGUCAUAUUGCUACGAAGCAGCAAGCAAAGUAUGGAACUUGCCUCUCUCACUAUGUGCCCUUACGCGCAUGUCGUACGUUUUCUGGUGGAUCUCCAGAUGUAUGUAGCAUAGAUCAUGUAUAUCUAAGAAGAGUGGCGACAAAGGAACCAUACUCCUAUCCCUUGUCUCCAGAUAGUAAUCAAUCAAUGAUGUUAUGGAGUAGAUAAUCGUUCAGUAGUUUUACAGAGUAGCAACAAAUGAAUUUCAA